UUAUACGAACUUUUUGAAAUACAUCGAAAAGCAAUGGUUAACGAAGAUGGAAUAUCAGUUUUUGGAACACCGACACGAACGACAUCUGCCAUCGAAGGAUAUAAUGGAGCGCUGGCCACAAUGAUACCCAAACAGGGAAACUGUUUUAAAUUUGUCAAAAUUUUACAAACAGAGGAGUUUACAAGUUCCGAGAUUUCGAAUUGCUGGGUAAUAGUGGUAGAGCUUUGGCCAAAAAAAAAGGAAAUUUGUAGAAAAAGCAGAACUGAUUGCAAAAGACAACAAAGAGCUACGUUCUGGAACCAUAACAGCUACUGCAUUCAUAAAUCGAUUGGUGUUUCCAAAAAACAGUAUUGUUAAUGAAAUGGGGCCAGAAGAAGAUAUUUUUGAAGAUCACUCGUACCUUGAAGAAGAUGAAGAGGAGGAGGAAGAAGAUACAUAUUGCGUCGAAGCCAUCAGAAAUACCGCGCUCUCAAAUAUGCUGAUCUUGCAAACAUCUAAAAACAUGCAAUGCUUGUGUUCUGAAACUGCAAGUGUAAAUAGUGCCGAAGGACUUGAAA